AUGUCCACGCCUCUCCCUCGUCGGCGCAAGAAGCUUAAUCUGGAAUGUGGCUUCUGUCGGAAAAGAUACACCAAGCGAGAGCAUCUUCAGGAUGUCUUGAAUCGACAUACCCGAAUUCAUUACGACUUAUCUCUUAAGGAUGCAUCAGAAGACCCGCAAGAUAACCAGAAUACCACCCCUACUUUGGAGCAGCAUCAGUCGGAGCAUAACAUUGGUACCGACCAACCUCAUACUGGGAUAUCACUUGAAGACUGCUCGUCAUUACUGUGGCCCGAUUCUGAGGAGCUUUUGCAUAGCAUUUUGUCCGUGGGACCUGGGGCCUGGGAACAGCGGGCACCGUCGAUGCCACAGACGUUCGAGGAACCCUACAACCCCGUGGAAUCGAAAUCUGACGGACCAGACAUCUCGCCAUCAGAUCGAAGUGCCCUUGUUGAAGAUGGUGAACGAGCAAUUCAUUCACUGAGUGGGCUGCUCGGGGAAGCGUUUUGCAAAGUGACGACACCCACAGUGUUAUCAGGGCUUACAUCACGGUUCCUUGAUAGCAGCUUGCACAUGUUUUUCAAGAAUGUGAUACCAAUGUUUCCAAUCAUUCACCAACCCACUUUCGUCUUCCGUGACUGUCCCUCACCGUUGCUGUUGAAUGCCAUCGCACUAGGAGCACUGUUCUUGGGAACCCUUGAUGCGGUAAUCAAGGCAGAUGCACUAUGGCAGCUAGCACAUACCGCCGUCGCCACAUCGUGGCAUGGCAUGUUAGCCCAAAGAAGGUCUUAUGAUUCGUGUAACGGAGUCCACCUCGCCCAGACUGUGCUUUUAAGUCAAAUUUAUGCUGCAUUAUCGAAGAGCAAAACUCUUCGAAUGACGAGCCAAGUCUUUCAUGGGAUGGCCAUCUUCUGGGCCAGCCACUGCGGUAUGUACGAGAUGCUGGGCCACGCUCCCUUGCCACCCACAGAUUCUCCACCGGAGAUGAUAUCGCAUGCUUGGCACACUUGGAUUGCUCGGGAGACUCGAAUCCGCACACUGUUGGGGCUCUAUAUUGUUGACGGUGUAGUGUCUCAGUUCAGCGGCAAUCCUACUUUUGUCCGACACAUGGCUAAUCCACUCACGUUUCCAAGCGACGAAUUGACGUUUGAUGCUAAUACUGCUGACGAGUGGCUUGGGCUGAUGCAUAAGAAUAUUCCUUCUCACAAAUCAAAUAUCCGAUUUUGCGACGUGUUCAGAGUGUUGUUUGCUGAGUACGAUUGUGAAGAAUACUAUCCUUCCACAUAUCAGUACGGGAACUCGUUGUUCAACUACAAGGUUGUCCUCGAGGGGAUCCGCUCUCUUGUCUCAGAUGCCAACCGCAUAGACCCACCACCUAUAGGCGUCCCUAGGAAGGUGGAUAUCAGCCGGGUUGUGAGCAGACUGCGGAGCCGGAUAAUUCAAGACCAGAAAUUAUCAGCGACAGGCCGAAUUGCUACAUUGUUGCAGUGGCAUACGAUCUGCUUGGAUCUUGUUGUUAACACAGCACGAGGCACACGCCGAUUAUGCUACAUCCACAGUAUUCCACAACGAAUUUUUGGCGGUGACAGUCGAGAUGAACAGUUUGUUGACCCACUUCGCUGGACACAAAGCAGGGCAGCACGAAUCGCACUUUUGCACGCCUCGCAGCUCCAUGAACUUGCAGUUUGCCUACCAUUUGGUAUGGCGUACGAUGUCAAUGUCCCGGGGGCUGUUUUUGCAGCUGCAGCCACAUACAGCGCAUUCGCCCUAGCUGGAGCAGGGAAGAUAGUUUUGCCCUCGGUAGUUGACUGGACAGCGGUAGUCAACUCAGCAGGUGUGGAGGAGGACUUAAACAUCGGGGCCUACAGUGGUAGUACGCAGGAUACCCUGGCCUUCAUAGAUGGGUCAUUCCGAGAUCGAGGUUCGCGAAAAGAUCUUUCUUAUGAGUUGAUUUCGAUUCAAACCCUUCUGCGAGGUCUAUCAUUGCAGUGGGGAGUGGCGCUGGAAAUGGAGGAGGUGGUUGGUGCCUGGGUUCAACUA